UAAAGGUCACCUUGAAGUUCACCUUCUGCGGCAUUCAAAUAAUGUUUUUUCGCGAUAUUUAUAAAUAAUUCCAUAAUAUUUACAUUUACUCAAUAAAAAACACUAUUUAAACUGGUGCUGCAGUUGCAUCAGAUCGACGUAUAUAUAAAUUUAAUUUAAAAGUAGAAACAACCCCAAAAUGGAAUUAGCAACAACGCAAAAAUUCAUUGAAAGAGGAUGCCAUAAAGGCAAAGGCCUAGCUGUAUUCACCAGCGGAGGAGAUUCCCAAGGAAUGAAUGCGGCCGUUCGCUCUGUGGUCCGGAUGGGAAUAUACUUGGGUUGUAAGGUCUACUUCAUCAGAGAGGGGUAUCAGGGUAUGGUAGAUGGAGGAGACAAUAUCGAAGAAGCCAACUGGUCUUCUGUCAGCUCCAUCAUCCAUAAAGGCGGCACUGUUAUUGGAUCUGCAAGAUGCAUGGAUUUUAUCCAGCGAGAAGGCCGUCUUAAAGCAGCUUACAACUUAGUUUCAAGAGGCAUAACCAACCUUGUGGUGAUUGGCGGUGAUGGAUCAUUGACGGGAGCCAACCUCUUUCGUCAAGAAUGGUCAAGCUUGCUGGAUGAGCUGUUAAAAGACAAUAAAAUCACUAAAGACCAAAGAGAGAAGUUCAAGUAUUUGCACAUUGCUGGCAUGGUUGGAUCUAUUGACAAUGACUUCUGUGGUACUGAUAUGACCAUAGGUACUGAUUCGGCCCUGCACCGUAUCAUUGAGGCUAUAGAUGCAAUUGUCAGCACUGCAUAUUCUCAUCAGAGGACUUUUAUUAUGGAAGUCAUGGGCAGACAUUGUGGUUAUCUGGCUCUAGUCGCCGCUCUGGCGUCCGAAGCCGACCAAGUGUUCAUUCCCGAGGACCCGGUCCCCAAUAAUUGGGUCGAAAAACUUUGCAAACGAUUGCAGCAGGAACGUAAGGCUGGGCAGCGUUUGAACAUUAUUAUCGUGGCCGAGGGUGCCAUAGAUCGCGAGGGCAAGCCUAUAACCGCUGAGCUGGUGAAGAAAGUAGUUGUAGACAAUCUGCAGCAGGACACUCGCAUCACUGUGCUCGGUCACGUGCAGAGAGGAGGCUCACCAUCCGCCUUCGAUAGGUUAUUGGGCUGCCGCAUGGGUGCCGAAGCGGUGAUGGCGCUGAUGGAGGCGACGCCGGAGACGGAGUCGUGCGUCGUGUCGCUGGACGGCAAUCAGGCCGUGCGCCUGCCGCUCAUGGAGUGCGUGCGCCGGACCAAGGCCGUGGCACAGGCCAUGGCUGACAAAAAUUGGGACUUAGCGGUGCAGCUGCGUGGACGCAGCUUCGCCCGCAACUUGGAAACGUACAAGAUGUUGACCCGGCUGAAGCCACCCAAAGAAGCCUUCGAUGAAUCCGGAAAACCGGCUGAGGGUCUAACGCUCGCGGUGAUGCACGUGGGCGCGCCGGCGUGCGGCAUGAACGCGGCGGUGCGGUCGUUCGUCCGCAACUGCAUCUACCGCGGCGACACCGUGCUCGGCGUGCACGACGGCGUGGAAGGGUUCAUCAACGGCAACAUCGUUAAGAUGGACUGGUCCGACGUAACAGGUUGGGUCGCCCAGGGCGGCGCGUUCCUGGGCACCAAGCGCACGCUACCCGGCGACAAGAAGAAGGAGAUCGCCGCGCGCAUCAAACAGUUCAACAUACAGGGACUGCUCAUUAUUGGCGGGUUUGAGGCGUACCAAGCGGGUCUCGAAUUCUACGAGUCCCGACAUCAGUUCCCCGAGUUCUGUAUCCCGCUGGUGGUGAUCCCCGCGACGAUCAGCAACAACGUCCCCGGCACGGACUUCUCGCUCGGCUCAGACACCGCGCUCAACGAGAUCACAGAGAUAUGCGACCGCAUAAGGCAGUCCGCGCAGGGUACCAAGCGCCGUGUGUUCGUCGUUGAGACUAUGGGCGGCUAUUGCGGUUACCUUGCAACAUUAGCUGGUGUAGCAGGCGGCGCGGACGCUGCCUACAUCUACGAAGAGAAGUUCUCUAUCAAGGACUUACAACAAGACGUGUACCACAUGGCGUCCAAAAUGACGGGCGGCAUUCAGAGAGGUCUCAUACUCAGGAACGAAAAAGCCAACGAGAACUACAACACUGACUUCAUAUACCGUCUGUACUCGGAAGAAGGCAAGGGCCUGUUUACUGCCAGAAUGAAUGUCCUGGGUCACAUGCAACAAGGUGGCUCGCCAACACCUUUCGACCGGAACAUGGGCACCAAGAUGGCGGCGAAGUGCCUGCAGUGGCUCAUUGACUCCAUCCACAAGGGCCAGUCCACCGGCCCCGACUCCGCCUGCCUGCUCGGCAUCGUGAAGAGACAGUACCGCUUCACGCCCCUAGAGGAGUUGAAGGGACAGACUAACUUUGCGCAAAGAAUACCGAAGCAGCAGUGGUGGAUGAAGCUGCGGCCUCUGCUGCGUAUUCUGGCGAAACACGACUCCACUUACGAGGAGGAGGGAAUGUACAUGACAGUGGAACAGGGAGAGAUGGACUCGGAGAAUGUUAUAUAAAUAGUUGAUCAUAGUUAAUACUAGACCUCGUCAUUUGGGUACCAUAGUAAGGCAGUAGAUUGUUGUACUAUCAGAAAAAAAAUACGCAAGCGGCUAACGCCUAUCUUACAUAAUUUGGUUGGGUUACGUCCACGUUAAUUAGACAGAUCACGGUUAACAUUGAUUAGACACAACUCGACUAAAUAACGUAGAUCUGCUAUCUGCCUAUGAAUUAAUUUAUCUGAUGGUAUAUUUGGGAAUAAACAAGGGAAGUAAGAGUUCCAUAAAACUAAAAUCCUUACGGAACAUUUUACUUUUAUAGUUUACAUAUUGUGGGAGUACAUAGCACCAGGGAGUUUGUGAAAAAUUUACAAAUUUUAUAAUGGUCUUUUUUCUUAAGCAGAAUUGAAAUAUGUCCUUUUGAAUAGAUGCUUGUGAUUUUGCGUCAUCUUGUUUUAGGUGUUGAUGUCUAGUCACAAACGUUAUAAAAUUUACGUUUUGCAGUGCUGUAAUUUUGCUAAAUAAAACGUUAAUUAACAUUUUUCCAUUCUAUGCCCACACAACAAGUUAAAUUUUAUAUGUAAGAUUAUUAAAAGUAAUAAUAGAUAAAAUUAUAUUAUCAUAACAAAUUAGGACAAGUUAUUAUACCCAACGCUUUAAUACUCUGCUUCUGUAGGUUAGUUAGCUUAGUUGUUUGAAUUUUUUUUGUUGUAAGCAUUGUAUUAGGUAUAUAUUUUUACCUUAAUACAAAAGCUUCAAAUAUUGAAAAAGACCUAUCCUAGUAUUUAGAUAGUUUUUGAAAUUAAUAGGUGUUCCUUUGUCGAAUUAUAGACUGUUUUUUUUUUUUUAUUUAUUAGUAUCAUAUUUGACGCUAUAGAAUGAGUAUGAGGGACCUAUCAGACAGAGAGCGGUCGCGGGUCGCGCGGUCAAGCGGUCAGUUUUGCGUUAUAUGUGUGUUGUAACUUGUAUUACUUUUUGUAGCUAUACUCACACAUGGGGCGUUCUGGCCGCGUC